GUUUGAUUAGCGCAGGCGCGCGAUUGUCGUCGAUAAGGCCUAGUGCGGUCUUGUGUGGCACAGCCAGCUUUCCUGGGAGUAUCGAGUCCUCGUCUCCAGUUUUCUAUGCCUCCUUCAAGUCUACUGCACUUUACUCAUUCAUUGGUUAAACUAAGUGGUGUCACUCAGGCACCCACACUUUGGGGAAAGCACCGUUUUCUGUUGCCUCGGUGGUCUGGCCCUUUAUCCCUUGUGGCAGAAAAAAAGAGCUUUGAUGACCUGCUACCUCUAAACGAAGCUGAAUUGGAAGAGCAGUUUGUGCGAGGCUCCGGCCCUGGAGGCCAGGCAACAAAUAAAACUAGCAACUGCGUGGUCCUGAAGCACAUUCCUUCUGGGAUUGUUGUCAAGUGCCAUCAAACACGAUCGGUAGAGCUGAAUCGCCAGCAUGCCAGAGAAAUCUUGCAGGAGAAAGUGGACGUCUUCUACAAAGGUAGUGCCAGCGAGGUUGUUAAAGAGAAAGAGGAACUCAAGAAGAAAAAGCAAGAAAAGAGGCAGCAGGCAAGGGGAAAUCUGGAGAGGAAGAAGCGUUUAAAAGAAUGGCUAGCGUCAGAGGACAAAUAAGGAACAUUUAGGCACCUGUUAUUUCUGCUUCUUGUCACCCCUCCCUAUAUAAAAAUGACGUUUUAUGUGAAGGACUUUCAGGGCGCGCUCUCCCUGUGAUACUUAAUCAAAGAAGAAUUUGAGGUUGCAAAGUGAUGUACUUGCAGUUCCAAAAAUAAAAAUGCAGGUGAUGGUA